AUGAGACGCGAAAUAGGGAACAAAGGGAUUAAAAGGGUUAAUAGAGUAAGAGAAAGGUGGGAUAUGUGGUACAAAGGAGAAGACGGCAGCAGUGUAGUUGUCAGUCCUGGCGAAGAGACGGGAUACACGGCGCAAGCUGCGGUGACGCCGACGGAUGGGCGCACGGUGAUGAAUGGAUUGCCCACGAGUUUGGAGUAUGGGGCGGAGGGGGCUGUGGGUGGUGGCAGCAACGGCGACAGCAGCAGCAAUAGCAGCAGCAAUAGCAGCAGCAAUAGCAACAGCAACACCUCAAGCAACACUCACUCUCUAGGUCCACACUCACCCUCCGCUUCCUCCUCUUCUGCUCUCACCGCUGGCCCUAUUGUCGGGAUAGUCGUUGGUGUCGUUGCAUUCACACUGAUCGUCUUACUCGUACUGGGAAAGUGGCGGCGUCGGGCGAGUCGUCGGCGUGUAGAUGCAUAUGCGCGGGCAGCGGGUAUAGCGCGCACCCAGCCGCAUUGGCGGGGCGUGAGUAAGAGUGGGAAGGGCACUAGUGAACUGCCCACAACAGCCGUCGUCCGAGGUGAAGCGGAAGCGGAAGCAGUGAAAAGCCAGCAUUCGCGCAGCUACUCGGAAGCAGCAGGCGAGUCGAGUCUGCAGCACACGCAGCACACGCGGCGUACUAGCACCUCCUCCUCUCUCAUACCAAGCGAGACGGAGAAAAACUCGGUAGCUGCGGCGUCCUGGUUCAGAGGGAGUGGGGGUACAACUACCAAUACUGCAAACACCCACACUAGCAACGCUAGCAUGUCCGACGCCGUUCAUGUCACUCGCUCUGAUAGUGACACGAGCAGAUUUAGACGUGCGCGUAAUAGCUUUGGCUCCCCGCUCGAUAUGCUUGUCAGGGGAUUUGGCAGGUAA